CACGUGGACACGGGGAACUCUUACCUUUGUGGGUACCUGAAGAUUAAAGGCCUUACUGAGGAGUAUCCAACCCUUACGACCUUCUUUGAAGGAGAAAUAAUCAGCAAAAAGCACCCUUUUUUAACUCGCAAGUGGGAUGCAGAUGAAGAUGUUGACCGGAAGCACUGGGGCAAGUUCCUGGCUUUUUACCAGUAUGCAAAAUCAUUUAAUUCAGAUGACUUUGAUUAUGAAGAGCUGAAGAACGGGGAUUAUGUCUUCAUGAGGUGGAAGGAGCAGUUCCUGGUUCCAGAUCACACGAUCAAAGACAUCAGCGGUGCUUCCUUUGCUGGCUUCUAUUACAUCUGCUUUCAAAAGUCAGCUGCUUCCAUAGAGGGCUACUACUACCAUCGGAGUUCAGAAUGGUAUCAGUCCCUCAACCUGACCCAUGUUCCCGAACACAGUGCUCCCAUCUAUGAAUUCCGGUGACAUCGGCCUAGAACACCAACCAAAUAAAACUGAACUUGGCAGCAGAGAGCUUUGCCAAGAGAGUUGUGCACCUGCCAGAACCAGGAGAAUUGUGUUCCUGUUUCUUCAUGAGCAGACUCGCAUCGGAAAGCAUGAAUGUUAACCCAGAGUCCAAGGAGAGCGGCCGGCCGGCGGAGCAGGCGGAGGCCGUCUUCCUCCUCCGACUCUGCGACAGUCCGGCCGUUGUGUUUCCAGGCUACCUUAAAUGCACUUUUCCUUCCUGCACAGCUCACUUCUGCAUCGCGGAAAUGCCCAUUCCUUCCUCGGCCCUGCUUCCAGCCGAGCAGAAGGUUAGCUCCUGGGUCACCCUCAGCCUUGGUGCUCAGUGGUCCCCACCCAGACCCUUACCCUCCCCCGCUGUUUGUCCAGUAACCCAAGAAAAGGCAGAGCCCCAGCACCUCUGAGCCCCCGCACCUCUGUGCCCCCAGAGCUCUGUGCAAGAAGCUGGCCAGCUGCAGCUGCCUCUGCCACCAGUGAAACAAGGCGGGACCCGGUGGGCCUCGUCGGUCUUCGUCCCGUGGGCGCUGUUGAGCCCUCCACCAUUAACUUCGCAGGGCUAUAUGUGGCUGUCAGGUUCCUGGCCUGCAGGGGGAUCACUAAAUUUAAGGCUUCCAGAUCCCUGGCAGGAACAGAUAUCAAACCUGUAUGCUCAGUACUUUUGCUCCAAACUUUUGAACUUGAGGGCAAUACUAAACUUAAAAAUAAGAGUUUUUUUUAAUUACAAAAUUAUUUUUAUGGUCCCUUUAAUGAGGACCUUAUGGCAAAUGCACAAUUAUUCAGAAUUACAUUUUAUCGUUUUCACAUUGAAAACAGCAAAUGUUGACUUAGUAAUUUUUAUAUGUAUAUGUAUAUGUAUAUUUAAUCAACCAGCAGUUUUGAAAUAAGUCAUCCUGGUACAAAAGUUUUGCAGCAUCACAUAAAUUAUAGUGCUAAACACAAGAACUGUUUUUGGGGCCAGUUUAGAAUUUGUCCCUGCUCCUUUUGCUACUCAAGACAACAUGCUUUGUGAUGACCUUUUCCACAAGGUGGGAGGGGUCUUCAUUCUCCAGAGACAGGGGCUGAAACGCCAGGAUGGGAUGAGGGAUGGGAAAUAUGAACACACUCAAAUAACUUGAGGCUCACGUGCCAAAGUGCGUGUGUGUGUGAGUGUGCGUGCGUGCACGUGCACGUGUGUAUGUUUGUUGGUUUUCUUUGCUUUCAUUUUUCUAAAUGUUUAGAAGCUUAAUAGGUUGGCACCAGUUGUAGCCCACAAAUAUGGGCAGGGCUUUGGGGAAUUGGCAUUUUGUGGUGGUUUACAAGACUUAGUCUGAACGUACGAAAAGCUUUAAAAACAAGAUAGCAUGGGGCUGGGGGUAUAUCUCAGUGGUAGAGCACUUGCCUAGCAUGCGUGGGACCUUGGGUUCCAUCCACACACACACAAAAAAAGGCAGAUAGCGUUGUAACAACAGGAGCAGAACAGCCUGCAUGUUCUAUGUCCGUGGGCCGUGUAAGAAAAUACAAAGCCCUUUGGUGAAAUGAGUGCUGGGGAAUGAUUUUUAUUCUCAAGAAGUGACUUAGCUUUUCACGACAUGUACUGUAGUUACUGAGUCUGAAUGUUAGGGGAACCCUUAACACGUUCACAGUGGGGCCGUAAUUUGCAUGUCUCACUGCUGGGUGGCUUGAACCACCAGUGGUACAUGCAUGGUUGUCCCACGCAUGACUCCCGCUUCUGCCACCAGACGUACAAGCUGCCCAAUGUGACAGUCACGCUUGUACCACCAGUGGUUCACACUGGCAGGAACGUGUUAAAGAGCAGAAUUCAGGGAAGUAGCCAAUGGGUACUUGUGACAUUUAAAUUUUGUAGUCCAGAGACUGUGCAGAGGUACAGCCUACCCAUUCAGUGAGGGCAGGGCUUCAGAACCUUAAAAAAAAAAUCACACUGAUAACUUUGGUGGGAAAUAAUGCACAUCCAUCGCCAGAGAUGCAUUGAAAAUAUUUUCUCACCCUCAGAACUCGAGCUGGGCGCAGUAACACGUGCCUGUAGUCCCAGCAUGUGGGAGCUCAGGCAGCUUAGUGAGACCCUGUCUUUUAAAAAAAAGCAGCAAAUUCUGGCUGCGGUCAGACUGUGGUUCACACUCGUGAGAUGCUCACCCUUGCUCCAUCGGGCUGAGGGGUGUAGUAGUGGGGGCGUGUAGCUGGGCUGGCUUUCCCCGGGUGGCACUCGUAUCCCCUUCUCAGCUCUGCUCUCCCAGAGUGCCAGGGGGCAGUGGCAUUUGCCCGCCUCCUCCAGAGCUGUGGCUGGGGUGUGUGCACCGAGUGGUGCACCAGUGUGCAAGGAGGGAUGCGUGCAGGUGCUGCUGGUGUCGGUGACAGGGGUCCUUCUCUCCUCAGCUGGGUAGUGAAGUGCACCAGAUGUACUAGAAUAAGUGAAGACGUGAUACCUUCACCAGAUCCUUCAGGCAGGUGUGUGAGAAAGAUUAAUUGGCGUAAAUCUGCCCACUGAGCAGAGGGAUGGGGCUAAGCAUUUUUCCAGCUCCUCUUAGCAACUCCCAAAAUCAAUACCAACUCUUUUCCCUUUGUCCCUGAAGGGCCUUUGGGAAAUCAUCUCCAUGUGUAUUUGUUCUUUCCUGAACUUUCUUAGUGGUUUACAUGCCUCUGAUCCUAUGUGCAAUAUCCUUGGUUGAUGUUUGUAUUCAUCGUUAGACGCACAGCUUGCAGAUUUCUCACUGUCUUCCUCCACCCCACACAAGCCUGCUUCGAGGCGGGGUCCUUAGGGAUUUGGCUCUUACCCCAUUACUUAGAAGGCUUCCACCCUGCCGGCCCCCGCCUUGUCCCUCUUAUGCCCUGGACUUCUCCCAUCCACCCACUGACCCUUUUAAAGUUCGUAUAGGGUUUCAGCUGCAGUCCAAACGUAACUAGACAAUGCCUAAUGUGGAGCAGAACAUCCGUCUGUGCUGGUUCUGUUGAUGAUGCUGAAAUCACAAACUCCAGGCAAGCAGCCGGGUUUCCAAUGUCUUUUGCUUUCAGAAGCAGGGAGUUUAAAUUCUCUAAGGCCUUGAAUUAAUUUUUUUCCUCAUAAAAUAGUCUGAUAAGCUAGUUUUUAAGAAAGAAAUGCCAUUAAGUAUGUUGCGUGGUUUAAAAUUACUAACAAGUUCUGGGAAAGAAAAAUAAUACUUGAUUUUAAAAAUGUUUUUUUAAAAUUAGGUUUGAAUGGGCGCAAACUCCGAGCAUUCUGUUUCUUUAAGGAGGGCAUAGAAAGGGUUUGAGGGUUUGGGACGGGAGAAGUAUUUUGCAGAGCUAUCAAUGUCCAAAUAAUUUUUACAAAAUAAUAAAAGUAUUUAAGCAGUG